CUCAGUAAUCGCCGGCGAACGUGAUGGAGAACACCGAGCGCUCUCGUGCGCACUCAACGGUUUAAAGUGUGUCGUGCCGCUCCGUAAAUGCAGUGCUGAAAAAUUAAUUGCGUCCAUUCGUGAUAUAGAGAGAGGAUUUUAUUUUAUAACCAACAACUCCAAACUUUUUACAAAAUGACGACGACGUCGAGUGCGACUUUGCUGACCAACACGGACAGCAGCCACCUGACUGGCGUCAUGUCCUCCGACCCUGGGGCCAACGACCUCAUGUCCUCACCCCCUGCCACCCCCGAGAACUGCAAGAUGAAGGACGAGAAGAGCAACAACCCCAUGUCCCUGAGCACGUCUUCGCGGGACGUUCAGGAAAUCGACACGCGGGACCGACGCUUGGUGUAUGUGUCCGGCGGCCAGUUGGUCCUCGGAGGGGUCAUCCUGGCGUGGGCCGGGGCCGUCGUGUCGAACGAUGCGUCGCUGGCCGGUGCCUCGGCGGCGGCCGCUCUCAUCGGCGGCGUCUUUGGCCUGGUGGCUGGAGUGGCCGGCUUCGCGUCGCGCCGGAGGAAGCUGCUGUCCAAGAGCAACCACAGCAGCUCGGUGGUCACCGUCGCCACCAGUGCCAUCGCCCUGGCCGCCUGCAGUUUGGUCAUCGCUCUGUCGGCCACCGGCCUUUUGAGGGAUGGAAACAGACCUGCUUUACAGGUCACGUGGGGCGCCCUGAUUGCCAACGUGGGUCUCUUGCUGACAUCAGGGCUGAUGGCGACGUCGUGCGUAAUCGCGGCCGCCCUCUGGAGGAAAGACGCCGGCCUGUGCACUUCGAGACACCGCAGGGCACGUGCCGCCGCCGCCGUUCAACAACCCCUGCCCUGCACGCCUCCGGUGCCGCACAAGCACAAACUUAUUAAUAACUGGCUCGGCCAACAACAGGGACCACCUCUGUUCAUGAUAAGUCCGAUGUCUCCUCCAUCUGGCGGCUCUAUUUACGGCGGCUCCAUACCUCCGCACAUCGUGCCCCUGCACAUGCCACCGCCACCCAUGGUAGUGCCACCCUACAUGCUGCCGCACCCCAUGGGGCCGCCACCGCCCUGCAUGCUGCACGCCGCCAACAUGACGAUGCCCAUCGACAGACGCGAGCGGCGCCACAGCCGGCACAAAAGAAGCGGAUCCACCAACGGCGACGCCCUCUCGCACCACUCGCUCUCCCCAGACGUCACCAUUGAGAAGGACCCAAAAGAGGAGGAGCGAUUGGCCGUGUUGGCCGCCAAAAGGCAACGACCGGCGAACGCCUUCACUGACGAGGAGCUGGAGCAGUCGUACACAGGCCUCGACCGGGUCAUUGCUGAGGACUUCAUAUCACACACAAUCGAAAGACACCAACGACAGAGCAGCCAGUCCGCGUCCCGCAAAAGCUCCGUGUCCACCGGCCAGACGUCGGCAGUUAUCGAACACAGUCGUUUGUAAAAAUUUACAGAACUUUUCGAGCUGGUUUCGAAAGAGUCGAAGAAAAACAUUUGCCUACUCGGAAAGUGAUGAGAGAAAAAAAGGCACGUAGUUAUAGGUUAUCUCUAGUAUCGGUUUUUACAUUUUAUUCUUCAAGUAGAAAAACUUAUUGACUGAAAUCAAGUUUGGGAUUGAAAAAAUCGGAGUUUGGACUAUUGAGGGAUGAAAUAGGAAUAGGAAAUUAUCAAGGUUCCCCUUUAAAGGUCAUUGAAAUUUUAUUUUCAUAAUAUACAAGGUUUCAAUGGGGUUUUUAGUUUAUUAAAUAUUCUCACCUAGGAAAUUAAAUAAAUACAUAUAUUUAAGAAUAUCUAGGCGACAACAUUUCCCUUAAAAGUUUAAAAUGCUUUUGGCGGAAGAAUUUCUGUUCAAACCCUUACAACAGGAUUGCGAAUGUUUUUGAUCAAGAGAUUUUGAUUUCAGUCAUGAAAUUUUUUCCUCUUUAGGGAUUCAAGAAUAAAAAUUAUAUCUAGAGGAGCCAUUCAACCGGGCUGCUUUUUCCUGUGUAAAAAACGCGUGCAGAGAAAUGUGGACAAAAAGUUGCAGUCAUUUGUUUGUUUGCUCUGCUCCCUGCAGAAUCGCAGAACGUUACCUAAACCUAGUGUGUCAUAAAUUCUCAUAAAUCUGUCAAACGUAUUAUAGCACUUUGCGGGUGCAAAAAGCGAACUUAGCGCUUUAUCGUCAAUUGAGAUUGAUUAUAUAGUUCGAAGGUUGUAAAAUAUACUGGUGCCUUUUAUUAUUUACGGCUGCCAAUGGAGUGCCUUGAAAUGAACUUCAUUGAAACAUAAAUUGUAAAUAAAAUUCAAACAAAAUGUUGAAUAUCA